AUGGCGCAUCCCAAAAAUGGAUUCGGCAACGCAGGGAGCUGCCGAUGCUUUAAGAUUUGUCCCAAUUACAGGUUUAUGUCCGUUUCGUCAGUGUCGUUCAACACAGACGUCAACAUCAGAUAUGAGAGACUAUCAAUCGAGUACGCAAAGCUGCGAUCUCAUGUGAAAGUGCUCAGCGAAGGAGUGAUCUCCGAAAGGAAGAAGAACGAUAGCUUGAACGAAACCAUAAGAGAACUGGAAGUACAGCUGCGAAAAGUCGAGGCUGAAAAUGAGAGUCUCACGUUCCGAAACGAUCAGUUGGUUAAACGCGUGGAGAGUCUCCAAGAUGAAUUGGACGCUUUAGUUCAUGGAAAAGCAGGAACAAUCAAGAAAGGAAAGUUCCCAAAGAAAUCGAAGGACACUAAAGAGCUACUCAAUGAACUGGGAACGCUAGAAGGUCGCGUGGCUAUUCUGGAAGAAGAGCUGCAAAACAAAAUACGGCAAAACAUGGAAUUGACCAGUCAGAUGUGCGACCUUGAGCAAAAGCAUACCGAAGAAUUAUCUUCCCUAUCGAACGACUUUGCUCGCAAACUCGAGCAGGCUGAAGCUCGCCGGUUCGAUUCUGAUAGAAGAAUAGAGCACAGACCAGAGAGACCCGUGAAGUCGGUGAAACCGCUAGAACAGUCGAUGGAGCUUAACAGCGUCCUGUCUCAAACUCCAUCGCCGCAGCCUCCACCGAUCAACGAGGCUUACCUCCAAGUAGCAGAAUCGGUUAGAAACACUCUGCAAGGUCUAUCAACGCUGUUCGAACUUCUCUAUCAGCGUACGCAGAUAUAUCCAUUCGAUUCUUCUCUGGAACCUCUUCCUAAUCACGUAAAGAAGUUGUUGUCCGAACUAGCUCAAUGUUCGCAGUUGCUUACAGCACCGAUUGAAGCUGUUCAGCAGUGUAUUCUGAAAGCUGAGUUUGAGGUGAUGUCGACAGAUGUUCCUCAGUUACACACUUCCCUCAAAGUUGUAGUACGCCAUUGUAAGGUUAUGAUGCCUGAGCUACUGAAACGACUUGCUGCUGAAGAGAACAAGAUCACAUGGUGCGAUUCACAGUUAGAAGAGUUGAACAAUGCUUGGUGUGCGGCCAUGGGUCGUCUCUUGAUGGUUAUGGAUACGAUUUGUACGGCACUGGCCUUGGUUACAUCAUCGGCUGAUAACGCUGGAAAGAAGCUAUGUGAGGCGCUGGAGGAGGGAAAUAAUAUCAUCAGGGAGCUGGAUAAAACUUUUGCGACGAGAUGGGCAGUCGAAUCACGUUUCCCGACGGCUACUAAACGAAUUUGUUGUAUCGGCACGGCCAUAUCUCAUUGUCUAUCACGAUUGGUGACAGAAAUGAGCAAACUAACAGCAAGAGUCCAAGCAAUCAAUGGAUUGGUUAGUUCUCGUAAAUCAGCGGUCUUUCGUUCACCAGACAGUUACAAUCCGUUUGACGACGACUGUGAUACCGAAACCGUAGAAGAGGACAGGGAACUGGCUCAGUCCGAGAAACCCGUGACUCACAGUAUAGGAGUUGAUACUUCUGAUCUUGUGGGUGGGAUCGUGGAAUCGCUUGAUACGUCAUAUGUUCCGCCGAAUAGCUCGAGUGCUUCGAUCAGUUCGAAAUCAGAAAGCGUUUCGGAUCAAAUCAUGGUGGACUGUUUGAAAACACGUGUCAGCGCUCUGGAAUCGGAACGAGAAGGUCAUUUAGUUGAUUUAUCGCUGCUACGCCGGAAACUUGCUAUGCUGGGAGUGAAGGAAGUAGAAGACGACAGUCAUGCAGAGGUGGAAAUGUUGAAGCAAGUUAAUCGCGAACGCUUACGGGCGGUAGCAGACGACCUACAGAAGACUCAGUGUGCUGCCAAUUACUACAAAGGAGAAGUAUGGUAUUAUAAAGCUUCUAACUGA